GGAGAAAAAGACGGUCAAGAUUAUUAUUUUAUUAGCAAAGAGACCUUUCAAGCCGAAUUAGAGAAAGGCCGUUUUUUAGAGCAUGUAAUUUACGAUGGCAAUUAUUACGGAGUCCAUGGCAAAGUGGUCGAUUUAAUAUUAGGAGCCCAAAAUAAGCAUGGGGUUAUUAUUGUGGAUGUGGCCGCCGAAAGCACGGAAAAAAUGGUUGAACAUAUGAAAAAAAGAGGCACCAGCGAGCCGGAAAUUAUUCGCCGAUUAAUUAUUGCUGAAAGAGAAGAAAAAUUUGCCACAGAGUUCGAUCAUAUUUUAACCAUUAAAGAAAAUGAAUUAGCCGCUACCGCCCAAAAAAUUAAGGAAUAUUUGAAUCUAGAAUUCCAAAAGGUGCUGGAAAAAGAGACAGAAAAAGAAAAAUUUUUAGUCAACCAUUGUGAUCUGAUUAUCAAAAAAAGCCUAGUUGCUGAAUAUGAGAAAAAUUACCUUCGUUCGCUAGAAAAAUCCCACACCGCUGAAAAUAAGCGAGAUUGGAUUUUUGCUAACUCUUUCGUAAUUCCGGCCUAUUCUCUGCCAAAAUUCGCCCCUUUUCUCUUUUUGCGUUUUAUCCACAACGAACCAACUUUUAGAACUGCUAACAGCCUAGUCAGUUUAGCCGACGACACCAAAAAAAUGGCUGAAAGAUUGCGGUUUUAUCCUUUCGGGCUUUCCGCUCAAAAGCAGAUUAAUGAUUUUCUGGCUGAACCAGAACGAGACGACAUUCAAAAAAAUAUUAUCAUUCCUGAGCCAGUGGAAAGUAUAACUUUCCAAAAA